UUUACAACUUUAAAUUGAAAUUGUGAAAUAAAACGGCAGUAGCGAAAUAUAUUUAUUAGGGUCGUUUUAACACCAAAUUGAUGCACAUGCCACAUUUAUAUCCCUUAUUCCACUUGGAUAAAAAUGCUUCCACAAUCAAUUGUAAGCCACCGUCCUCUAAUUUAAUACGACAAAAAUUAAAGUGAUAUCGAAACUCGAUGCGGUUGAUAGUCUAAUUAUUGCCUUUACAUGACGUUUGUAAAUAAUUAUCUUUAUAUAAAAAUAUGUUCUUUAUAUUUUGUGAUUCAAUUGUAAUUCAACCGUAAGUGUCGAAAUAAUGAAUGGAUAUUAUCCUGAAAAACGUUUUCAUUGCAAAAUUGAGACUGUAAUAAGCAGCUGAUUUAAAUCAUGUUUUAAAAGAAAAUGUGUCGUUAGUUUCCAAAAAGUCAGUACGAAAACAUCAAAACGAAGUAUUUAAACUUAUAUUUAGAGAUUAGGAACUUUCAGUGGGUUUUAUUUCAAACAGUUUCUUCUAAAAAAUGAGAAUUAAAAUGCCAGCUGUUAGAAUUGCGCAAGAUUCUGAUUUAACUGAUGUUGAUGUUACUGUGCAGGACAUACUCACUUGUGGAAGUUGUCAAAAACCUUUUGCAUUAUCAGAUAUUGUCAAAUUUAUUCAACAUAAAAUAUUGAAUUGUAAUAAGGAAAAUUUUGGACAUUGUUCUGAGCAAGGUCCUAAACAUGAUAAUGAUAGUGAAGACGUUAGGCAAAUUAGCUUAAUAAGCCGUCGUCCGUCUAUAACCGCACCAAUAUCAAAUCAAAAAACCUCAAGCUCACGAGAUCAUACACCUCCCCCAAGUCCAGCGGAGUUACUUGCUGAUGGAGCAUCAAGCACCCCGAAAAGACUGGUUGAUGAAAAUGACAAUAAAACACCGAAUAAUGAAAACUUAAGCCAAGUCCACAGACUAACUUCAGGCAUAUCAAAAUUAGAUGCAUUUUUGGAAGAAAAUUUUGACAAAACUAAAGCUAAUGUUAUUAAAAAUAAAAUUGAAUACUCAGCUGACAUUAAUAUAUCCAUUUGUAACAAAUCGAACAAUGAACAACCGAAAUCAAAACGCCGAAAAGUAGAAGUGGUUGAUGCCGAAUCAAACACCUUGCAAACAGUACAGGAAGAAAUUCAUACCAAAGCCAAAUCACACCAUGAUAGACUUAGUUGUCACAUAAAUGCUGAGGCGCUUUUACUAGCGACAACUGAGCCAAUACGCCGUCUAAAGCGCCAAAAGUCGUGCGAUCUUUGGGCUUAA